AAUUUGAUUCAUUAGAUAAGAUUAGAGUGUCCCCCAAGGGCAAAGCCGAGCAUAGCAAAAAGGGGGAUGAGACGAGACACUCCAGCGGCUCUCUCCCUCCCAGCUCGUCACUCUCUCCGGGCUGCGCCGGCGUACAACUAACUGCGUCCGUCUCUCCCACCAGAGGCGUGGCAAGACAUCUUCGGGGUGAUGUCUGUUGUGGGUUUUGCCUUGCUUCACGUGCAGCAGUAAAAGCUGCUAUUUUCCCACAGCAGCACGGAGCAGAGAGGAAAAAGGAAGGAGGAGGACCAAUCACUGGAGAGUCGAUGGCCUCUCCUGCAUGAUGAAUGAUAACUCCGGAACAAGCCUGAUGUUUUCUUCUCCCAACAGUCCAAUCCGGUCAUCACCUCAGGCAUAACUAGUCACAGACCGCUGCUGUUGAGCUUUUAGUUCUUUGUUUUUAUUUUCUUCUCGUCUUGGUUUGUUUUUCAAAAGCGCAAGGCCGUCGAUUAUGAUAAGCCGUGUUGACAACAAUUGGAGGCUGCAGGUUGCUUACACGUCGACCUCAACUUCCAUGCAAGUGGAGACGACCUUUUGCGUCAUGUACUCAUGCUGAACAGUCUCCAUUUCUUUGCUGCAAGAUAAUUGCUUGCCUUGACAAGUUUUGGACCGCAUCAGGUAUCAACAAAGUCUCAACAUUAGUCCGCACAUUGUGGGUGAUACCCUCCUGCCUUCCAAGUGGCUUGAACUUCACUGGCCCUAGCGGCUGUAAAUAUUCAAUGCAUUCGAAAUUGAGUUAUGCCUCUGCAUUUGUCUUCAGUAUAUCAAGCAUGGUCGAACAUGUUUGGCGUGUUCUUCGAUUAGGAUAUACCCUGGAACUAGCGUUUGCUCCUCCAGCGGCGUUCCAUUUUCAUGAACAGCGAUACCCUAUGCAGUUUAUUAUCAAUCUUCGUGGCCUCAAUAGAUACCUCGAUAAUGUCUGCUAUAUUAUUUGUUGUAUCAUAUAUCUUCAUGAAACUGCCCUCGAUUACACUGUAUGAGGCUGAUUUCUGAGGUUGAAGUAGAAUUUGCCGCAUCGGGAAUUCACAUGACAUGGCCCGAUUGGGAUAUCCCCUACUUAACUUCAACGCGUAGCUUCAAGUUCUUUUCCUUUUGAUUGAAACCUCGAUGAAGGAGCAUAAUCACCAGCUUAAGUCUUGAAGCAAUCAUGGCACAGGCAGUCUGUACGCGGCCGGCUCGACAAACUGCGGCAGCAGCUGCCACAACGGCGUCCGUGGCUUCGGUAACUGCUCAGAGAAAUGCACGGGGCCAACACGCUGCUAACGGCCCGGUUGCCAAAACUAUCUCAAAGCCACUAUCGCUAUGUCAACCCCAGUCUCUAAUGCAGAAGCAAAGUCUUGCGUUUGCUCAGAUUAUGCUACACGCUUCAUUCGGAACGCUGUUCUACCUUAGAGAAUUCUUGCCUUUAUCCUGUUUCGGGGAGCGAGACCUUCUCAACCUAAAGCGGCCGGACUCAAACAUCUCCUAUGGUGACUUUGUUGAUGGUUGCUCUGGUCCAGAAGCUGAGGCUGGAAAACGUGGGCAGCCGUUAAAGAUAAUUUUACGGGGCCGCAACCCAAAGGCUGACAGUGUUUUGAACCUGCUUGAACAUGGGAUUUUUGACGCUCUAGAAAAGAAUGUCCUUGAAGCAGUCCAACUUACGGUAUUCGUCGAUAAGGAAAACCCCUCACACGUUCUAGAAACCUAUACGUUUUCCUUUAACUACACAGACGGAGGCGUCAAUGAACUCAAAAAGGGGCUGGAGGCAGUGUCUCUUGAGACAAACGUGCUAACGACGGAAAUCAAAACAUUUCGAACCGCAAAGCAAGGCCUGGAGAUGAUAAUCCGGCGGCUUAUAACUCUGAGCACUUUUCUCCCUAUUCUACCCAACAAACGUUUUCUGGAGAUUCAUCUUUUUUAUACUCAAAACUGCCCACAGCAGUACGAACCUCGUGGAUUUAAACCCACAACCCACGAUCAGAUAUUAUACCCUAGAGAUGACAACUGGAGAAAAGAAACACAAUUGUGUGGUAUAAUGGAUUCUGGCUGCCACAGAGUUGGGCUUAAAGUUACUUCCCUUAAAUGUACCCGUGAGGAUGCAGAUGAUGAGGAAGCAGGGACACGACAGAUUCCAGAUACCCUUAAAUAUUCGGAGAAAGUAGAUCGGGAGAGUGAAGUUGGGUUAGAAUGUGAGGAGCCUUCUUCCCAGGCCAUGACCCAGAACUCCGACGAAAGGAGCUCACAGGAAUCAAUACAAGUUCCGGAAUCAACGCAAACGAGGCAAGAUGCCAUUACGAAGGGAAUGUUACAGAAAAUGCUUGAGGUGCCACCUCCAGACAGUGAAUUAAUACCAACCCAGGCGGAUUCCUACUCUAAUCCCUCAAAGACAACCUCGGGUGCUAAACCGUGCCUGAGCCAGGCACAGACAUCAAAAAUCAAGCAGGGAAUCAAUCUUUCACAAGCUACUCAUAUUGCUGGUGACAAGGAUCCGCAAAAUGGCAGGGGCCAGGUUAAUUGUCAAUGCGGCUGGCCCGAGCCAGAGCCAGAUAUGCUUGAAUGCGAUUUCUGUCAUACCAGGCAGCAUUUGACGUGCUAUGGAUUUCUACACCCCAAUGACGAGAAGAUUCCCGUCACACAUGCGUGUUAUACAUGCCUUUUAGGAUCGGAUGAAAGUAAAGUCUUCAGACAAAUCGAAACACUAGUGUUGCUCCGACAGGCCCUCAAAAUAAUAAUCGAAGAUGGCUAUCCACUUCGCGUCAAAGAGUUUGCACAAAGGCUGCACUGUAGUGGAAAUGAAGUUGUACAGAUUACAGACUUACUUAGAAAGAACGGCUUUCUUGAGCCAACUCCAGGUUCAAAACGGAGGGGAUUUGCAGAAAAGGGUCUACCGAGGUUCCGAGUUCCAGAUUCAGAGAAUAUCAGGCAUCGCCUGAGGAAUGAGAUCUUCAACCCUUUGGCCAAAAUCUCACACCACUACAUGAUACCAUCCACUCAAGACCCUCAACAGAAUGGUGCCCGUCCUAUUGCGGUUCCCACUACCGCCCAGAUUUCGAGUACGAAGCCAGGAAAUAUGUUAAGUAGCCACACUAACCCUCCGCACAAAAGAGCGGCGAAUGUCCAGAUCAUUCCAAAUUCGGAACCUAUUAUUAUUAGCGAAGACGAGGAUGACAGCAUUGCCAUGCCUCAUGCAGCCACAAGUGUGGCGCCUUCGAAGUGCCAGCGCAUAUUGCCUAUGGGAAAUGGGGGCCGGACCGAGCGUGACAAUGCUGCGACUACCAGCCCUCCUUCGUCUCCUCCGCAUUCCCAAUACUCACUUGCAUCCCGUGCCCAAGAGGAGCUAAGAAGAGGCCUGAGAUAUGGCGGUGGAAGGACCCGGCCUCUGGUUGACGCCGACUCGCAGGUUGCAUCUGUGAAUCAGCCUGCAAAACAACAGCCAUUGAAACGGCGUAAACUUAGCAAUGCGGCCCAUCCCAUUGACAUCGGCGACUCUGCCGCAGAAGAGAGUGGUUGAGUAUUGAGGCGAAUGCUGAAUUUAUUGCAUGCUAACGCAGUCAGCUGCCUUUCUUCUCGUGUUCUCCCUGCGCGCGUCAUCUUAUCAUCUAUCUUCCCCCUCGUCCAUCUACGGAGUGCUCCGUACUCCGCACAUUUACCUGAUACAUAUUUACCUGAGCCCAUAUCCAUUUGUCCGAGUGACGCCGAUGGGUGUCUUAUCAAUUUACCCGAUCUGCUUAAUAUGCCGUUAUACGGAGUACCUUUUAGCUACAUCCAUCCCCCUUUGACCCUAUUUAGCAGUGCGAGAAUCGAAAUUUCCUAUGUGCCGGACGUGAGGUAACUAUAUUUAUAUCUGGGCCACGAGACAGCAUCUAGAACAAGACAUAUAUCACAACGCUGAUCUGCUGUCUAUUGAACUCUCGCUUGGCCGAUCUCCCUUUCCGUCGAAACACCUCUUGAGCCCCAAUUCG